GUGGGGUUGAAUAAGGGGUAGGGAGGAAGAGGGAAGGAGAGGGAGGAUCUGUGGUGUUUGAAGUUUUAACAUGAGCUGUGUUCAUCCAGCUCAUUGCAGUAGCCCCUGUGGUGGUUCAUGUGCCUGAAGCAUUUUGUUUAUUUUUUUAAAUGACUGAAGGAGCAAAAGAAUACAAAUGAAGAGUAAGGUGGUGUUUUCUUCCCUGGUUUCCUUGACAAACGAAGUUGGUGGCCGACAGUGCUGGGAAAAUAAUGGCACCCAUGAUCUGCUCUCUAAGACACAGGGAGCCAGUCUCCUACCUCAGUCUGGUUCCACAGGCUGAUGGUGACCCUGACCCUGACCCAAACAGAGGCAUGGCUCCACUGCUGUUCUCAAAGCUUCAGGGGAAGAGCAGGAUGCCAGAGCCUUGCAUGCCACACAAGCCCAUCUACCAGUGUUUCUGAGCUCCUGUGACCUGUCAGGAGCCAUACUGCCUAGGCUACAGACCAGCCACAUUGCUAUAAAUCAAGGCAUCUCCAGAUAGAGGGGAACAGCUUAGAGACUCAGUUUGUGCAUCUAUAAAACAAACAGGAUUGUCUUGGGAGUUUUUAGGCUUGAUUUUCUUAGGCAUUUCAGGUCCCAAGAGUGAGGCUCAGAAUGUUUGGAGGACCCUGAGGUUCCCUGCUUUUCCUAGAACAGCUCUACCUCAUUGUGUUGCAGAUAUUGAAAUGCUACUCAAGCUUGCAUUUGGAAAGACAAUCCCACUACUAAGAGAGAUUUGUGAAUUACUGACUAAGAUUCUCACGGGUUCUAAAAUUUAAGGUUUCAUUACCAAGAUUAUAUUAGCCAUCGAAGCCUCUUGUCGAUGAGAAAUCAUCCAAUUGUCAAACACUUCAGGAGAUUCCUACAGUGAGCAGGGCUAGUAGACACCAAAUGAAUUAACAAACAAGCUAAGAAAAGAGGGGGCCCAUUAAACAGAGGUUCUUGGGAGGUAGAAGGGGAUGAGAGAGAGCGCCCGAGUCUGACAGCCUUGAAGCCAAAGCUUUGUGUUGUGGGGCAAGCCUAGGAAGAUGAGUGAGAGAUAAGUUAGAAUCAGGGACAUAGGUGAAAGCCAAAUGGAGAGAGUGACCCUAGUAUCCUAGGACUAGGAGAAUCAGGUUACAGAGAGCCUGGACAGGGUGGUACACUGUGAGAGGGAAUCAGGAGCACAGCAGAGCCAGGUGACUGUGGGACAUGAAGACUACAGGAGGAGCUUCGAUUGAUCUAAAGUGCAGUGAGACAGCAUCAUGGCAGGUUUGUAUAGAGGGGGCUGCUGUGAUCUGACAGUGCACUGUCACACCGCACACGCGGAGCCAAGAGGAAGGCAGAGAAUGAAAUGAGCACUAGUGGAACCCACUGGUUGUCAGGGUGGUGCAGAUAGGACAGGAAGGAGACCCGAGGAUAAGCCGCUGGGACCGCGUGGAAAAGGCUAGUGUGGCAGCGAGGAAAAUGAAAACAAGAUUCUGUGAUCAGCAUGCACAUAAUCGAGGGUCAUUUUGGGUAAGAUGUGGUUUUCGAUAGACCCAAAAUACGCAUGCUCCUCUUUGAGAAGGCUUAUUGAGAAAGUUUUCAAUCUGGGCAAUCUCCAGAUUAGAAACAUUAAAAAAAAAAGAUGUAGAUUAUAGUAUUAACUCUUUGAUUUUAGGGGUGUGUGCAGUAACACCUGCUGACAGAUCUGACCAAGCAAUUACGUGAACACAAGUGGAAGGGAUACAUGCUCAACUCAAGGACCCAGAGGCCAAUGAUCAAUGACGGUGAAGGGCCUUCCAAAGACUCAGAAUUGUGCCUCGGACUUCAGAGACUGCAUUAGAACACAUCUUUCUCCCUGCUAGGAAAACAAGACCAACAUAUAAAAAGUGUUUUACCAACUAAAGAAGACUUGAGGUCUUAAGGCUAAUAGCAAGUUCAAAUCCCAUCCCCAAGACUUAGGAUAUGUCACAUAAUCUUCUCUAAUUCAAAAACAAUGCUUACCAGCUUCCUAGUAGGGAUUACAUGAGAUUUGCAAAUAUUUUGCUAUAAAACAUGGCACACAUGGUAAGGGAGAUUGCUGACCCUAAGUACAGGAAGGAAAGGGAGAGGGCAAACAUGUGAGCAAAUCAAGCUGUCUAAGAGGAAAAAGGAUGAGGGGGAAGAGCCUCCUGAUCAAAACUCACCAAUGGCUUCUCAGUGUCUAAACCCACGGCUGUGGGCCCCAUUCCACCAUAAACUUGUAAUAAACAAAACCACAGGCAUUGUCUACAAAUCACCCAUCACUUCUUUCUUCCCACCCUAACAGACAUGGAGGAGCAAAGUGAAAAUGUUUACUAUUUGGUUCUAAGCCCAAAGUUUAAAUCCAAAUUUACAAAGAAAAAUGCCCUGAUACUUAAAGAUACAUGAAAUGAGCCAGAUCCUUCCUCCCAGUCAAUCACAAUUCUGCGUCACAUUUGGUACCGCUUUUCAGGAGCCCAUUCCAUCCCUCAGUGGCAUCAUAGGAUCUCAUCUCCUGCUGCAGUAGGGAUGUGGGUUUACUCUUUUUCAGAGUCUGCAUCAUGACCAUUAGAGUGCACACCUCUUAACAGGCUUCCAACUUUGAACAAGUUCAAUGUGAGUCAUAUACUGGGUAAGCAUAGUAUACUAAAAAGACAUGUAUAUUUCAUUCAUCCCACAACUACUGAUAAUACAUCACCGAGAGGGAAAGAAAACUAAAAUCAAAUUUACUCUUGAUUAAAUAAGCGUGAACAUAUCGAUGCCAUGCUAACGAUAGAACUUUGUACCACGGAUGUCCUAGCAAGAGCAUGGAGUCGCAACUGCUUUGAAGACAGAGGCAAGAAUUCAAAGGGGAGCUUGAGCAACACAGCAAGAGCUCACCUCUUAAAUAAAUUUCUCAAAAUUUGCCUCAUGGCACAGAAGGCAAGGCAAGUUAGAUAAUAUGUGAUUAAACUCAUUGGUUCUCUGAAAAUUCAACGAAGAUCUCCUCUGUGCCAAUCCAGGGUAGAUGGUCAGGACCUCUUAUUCUCAGGGAGCCUCUAGUCCAGUUGAAGAGACAGAGUGUCAGGGGGGUGAUGACACUACAGGGAAGCAAGGACAUACCAAAGCGUGUGAAGCAUGGAGGUGACAAGUUGACAGACAUGGUUCCUAGGAACACCAUUUUAAGAUGUUCCCUCUGUCAGGGGAGGCAGAAGACCCAAGACCCACUUACAAAUGUCUCUAUCUUUAUUUGUGUCCCAUCUUAUGAGCUAGAGUUGACCUACUCACCAUCUUGGCUAUCUCUUUCAAGCGUCACAAUUCUGUGAAGUUUUAUAUAAGCCAAUUCACUCGUUUCGGUCCAAGUCAAAACUUAGGCACGUAACCCUUGGCAGUGCCAUCCACAUGCACUCCAGAACAAAGAGCUGGAGAGGCAGAGGAAGCCUGGGGUUUGCAGAACACAGAGGUGGCCUUGGUGGCCGUGUCUGUCAGACAGGUGGACGAUGACUGACUCUGUGAGGGGCUCUGAUAUGGGUGAAAGGCAUAGUUGGAAUAUAAAUAGUCAGUAUCUUCAGUAAGUCAAUGAUCAAGGAGAAACUAGAAACUAUUGCAAAGAUCAGCUAUGACUCCCAGCCUGCAGGCCUGGGGCAAGCUGCUUGAUCUCUCUGGAGAAUGAUUCUGGACUUUGGCCAGGUUAUUAAUUGAGCACUAACCACCAAGACCAAAGGAACUCCCCAUCAAUUAGUGGGUCUGAUAGCCCAUGAGACUUAAAUCCUCCAGAGUACUGUGUCUUUCAGCCAGGUGAAUGCCUCAAGAAAAAGGACCCACAGGGGACUGGGGACACAAAGGUUAGAACACAAAUAUGUGUCUCAUCGAGAGAAGACGAUUUCCUAAACUUCCCAGGCCCCAUAUAGAACACAGACUUUUCACAGUAGCUUAAUGACUCCAAACAGCAUGUAGACACACUGUACCACAAGAUACAAACAAUAGACCCAUCCGAGGGGGUGGCACAUGGUGCCUCUGGGUGGUGAGGUACCUGGUGAUUUUUUUUCUUCCUUUAGAAAAAUAACCUAUGCUAUUUGAAUAAUAACAUAAUAAUAAUAAGCCCAUGAUAUCAUUAUAAAUAGGAAAGCAACUAUAUUUAAAGGUCAGAGGAAAAGUGCUAAAGGGGAGAGAGUAGUGCUGACAUCGGAACAGUAGCUGGCUUUAAGGAGAUGGCAGAGGGAGUUUAAAAGCUGCUACAGGUUUUGGGUGGAGCAAUUCAAGACCCAGAAAAGGUAGAAAGGCCCAGCACUUAGGAGUCUAUGCUCCAGAGUCAGUCCUUAAGCUGAAGGGCCAGCUCGGCCACUCUUCAGGUAACCAACUUGGGACAAAGUACGAACCCUUCUGUUUUUCAGUGUCCACACUUAUAAAACGAUAAAGCAAUAUUAUCUGCCCCUAAGAGUGUCCUGAGGGCUCAGAGAGUAAAGAAAAACACACGUCACAGUGUCUGGCAUAUAAUCAAUGGCCACUAGACUCUAGGGCUCAAAAUCCAGCCCAGCUUGGGUGAGGAACCUUUCCUGGAGUUGAACUCCUAAUGAAAAUUAAAGGAUCCUCGGACAAUGUGGUCCACAGAAGCAGGCAUUGGGAGGUCUAAGCUGUGAAGUUCAAGGUGAAGAGACCAAGAUGCAUGGGUUCAGACAUGUGACCGUCCCCUUUACAAGAUGAGAAUGACGUCACAGAUGGUCAUGUAGCAGAUUUAGUACCAAAUGCCCACACAGCACUUAGCCACACAAGUUUUCAACACACAUUCAUUACUAUAAACAUUCAGUAAUUCAAUGACUAUGAAACAAGCUGCCAGUUUCCUGUAUCCAUGUAAGCUUAGCCACUACUUAUGGAAGGGCAUAGAGACUUAUUCAUGAAAGGACUCUAUUUCUAGAUUCAACUGGAUGGAAAAUGCCUAUGCAAAGUCUAGGAAUCAUGGAACUGGCUUUAAGCUGUUGGUUGGUGCGCCAUGCAGAACAGUGGUGGGGUCAUCACCCUGAGGAGUCACAAGGCAAUGCCAUGGUCAGAAACUUGCUAGACCCAUGAGCCAGGAGGUGACGAUUCUUCAAAACUGUUAACUCCUUCUUGAGCCUGUCUCUACUGCUCUGGGAAAGCUGAAGGCGGUGGUUUACCCUUGGGUGGGAUACAGAAUCCUGUGGAUAUGGCUGGCUGCAAGCUACAAGCACACACAGUUACGUAGCCCCUGGCAUCCACAAAAAGACAUGGUAGUAGGCAGAUAAUACCAGCAACGGGAAGAACACUUCCUAUUCCUGCUGGUCAUUUCCUGUCUGCUUGGCUGUAAGCUUAGCUACUUGGCGAUGUCAUCUCAUGAACUUAUCAUGCGAGCCACUGCUGGCUGUCAGACCAUUUUACAAUUUAAAAAAGGAAGUCCUUCCGUGAGUAAGAAAUAGGGUCUAAGGUACACUUAGAAUAGGAAGGUGGUUAAUUGCAAAGGCUCUGUAGCAGCAUCUCAAACGGACUUUAAUCCUUUUGGGGACCAGUCACACAUAUGCUGGUACCCAGGAUCAGGGAACAGGUGAAAUCUCUCAGGGCAGUAAGCAUAGGGAAAGCCAAGGUGGCCAUGACAUUAUCUAGUAAUUCCUGAGAAAGCAGAAGACCAAGAGAAAAAGUGUAGGUUGUAUCCCACCUGUUACGCAGGAGCCUCCAAGCAGCAGGAAUCGAAUGUGUUGCCAGGAGUCCCAACUUCAGGAGCAAAGAACUAUUGCUAGUGAAGCCAAGAGUCUGGCUCUGCUCAGUAAGACCGGCUACCCCACAGAUCACUCUCUCUAAGAUUCCCAAGUGCUGAGAAGGGAGAUGCAUUUGUUACUUUCUUUCAAGGUCUCUCGGUAGACCCAGGUAGGCUAUAAAUGACCAUUACUCCUCAUGGCUCUGGCUUGCAUUGUUCUGACAAGGCUAGGUCAGGACAGUUCCCUGUUCCAUCGUUCAUACCUGGAGUGACUUUUCAAACCACUGCCAGCAUUUGUCCACCCACCAGGCAAGUACCAGGAGGACAGGGCCAAAGCUUCCUGACUUGAAAUUGCAGAUACUCAGAUUCAAAUAAUAUCUCCUUAACCUUUGGUGAGCCUUGGGUUUUCUUGUCAGUUGAGAGGAUGCCUCGGUCAUCUGUUGUAUGGAUUAAAUGAGAUGAUUCUAUACUGGAAAGGCAGUGGGGGCCGUAUUAAAGAGCCAAAGUUGGAGCGCCACCAUUUACAGUCUGAUCCUGGCUCUACCACUAGCUGUUUAUCUUUAGACAUGUUGCUGAACCUUUCUGAGCCUCAGUGUUCUCAACUGUAAAAUGGGAAGAACAGAACCCAUGCACGUAGGGGUUUUGUGACGAGCAAAUGCGUUCAGACUUACAGAGUGCCUGGCACUGCACCUGUCACAUUAGUGGCUACUCUGUAAGUGGGAGUUGUUAUGAUUAAUGUGUAGAAAGCCCUCGGCAUGGUAAAAAUAAGUAUUCAAUAAAUGGUGGCUGUUAUUCUUGCUAGGAACAUGCUCCUCGGAGGAUUUUGUGCACAUUUAUCUCCUUGAAAGCAAUAAAAAUGAAGAUGUUAGAGAAGAAGCGUGUCCUUAAGUAAAUGUCAGUCAUAGCUGGGAGAAGCCACGGCUUCUCUUGUCCCUCCAGGGUAGCCAGGACCUCUACCUGCCCCGCCUGUGCACAGGCUCUCUUCAGCUUCCCGUGGACCUGCCCUUCACACAGCCAUCCACCCUCUUAGCACAUGUUUAUCAAGCACCUACAGGGAGGUCAAAGGAGGGCUGGCAACCCAGGCACGGAAUGCAAGAACUCCAGCUACAUCCUCUCUGGUUACAGGGCGAUGAGCAGUACACAUGAGGUUAGUGUGCACACAAAUGAUUAUUUAACGACAGCUGGAUUUGCAUCCUAAAAGUUGUGAUGGUAGGGGUCUCCUGUGGUAUCAUUAAACAGAUAUAGCCACUUUCCCUCAGUCCACCUCCCCGGCAGUCAUUACUUCAGUGUCUAUUAAAAGUCUGUUUUAAUUUCAAGAGGCCUGUGCAGAUGGAAUUGUGCAAAGCAAUGUUUUGAGACAGUCUGUUUUGUUUUGUUUUGUUUUGUUUUGUUUUUUGGUUCUUUUUUUUUUUUUUUCGGAGCUGGGGACCGAACCCAGGGCCUUGCGCUUCCUAGGUAAGUGCUCUACCACUGAGCUAAAUCCCCAGCCCCUUGUUUUUUAACCACUGAUGUGUGCCAAUGUUUUCUUCUUCUUUUUUAUUGUUGAGUAGUAUUUCACAUGUUGGAUGUCACAUAGCUUGCUUAACCAGACAUCUAUGGAAGGACUGUAUCUGUCUCUCUGGGGUUAUUUGAAAAAAAAUGAAAAAGCUGUGAUGAACGCUUGACAAAUACUGUCAUGGAAAUCUCAGACGGGAGUCUUGAUGUGUUCUAGCGUUAGGGACCUAGCAACGGAGGAAGGCCUUGUCAUGGCUCCUUAAAGAAAUGCUAUUUAAGGUGGAUGUUCACAGACGGAGUUGGCUGAGUGGUGACUGAAGGGAGAGGAGUUGGUUUAGGUAGACAGGCACUUUGUUUGGAGGUCCCACACCCAAGGGCACCUUGCUCACUAUGGGGAUUAAGAGACAACGGCAGUAACGGCAGGCUGAACCCUCAAUACUCUCGCUCAAAGGAAACUUGGCUAAGAGGUUAGACCUUGGUGACGGUGGCUUCUCCCUUUUCAGGCACUUCCUCACUGCUCUUAAAGGCUGUCUGGCCUCCAACGCUGUUCCCACCGAUGCAGUGGCCGUGUUUCUAGCUGAGCACCUCUAAAUAAUGACUGCAGCUGUGGCUCAGUCCCCGUAAGUGGAUUUCAGCCGAGGCUGCAACGCAGAGCUCAGCCCUCUGAGUCUCCCUGAUGCCUCGAUUCUGCCCUGGUCAUCCCCUUCUGGGUUUUGUGAGGCUAUUUAAGGAGUUAAGUUUCCCUCACUGAAACACAGAGAAGCGCCAUGGAAGAAAAUAAUGGCCGCAACGGAGAAGAAAUUUCUGAUUGACAUAAGUGGAGAAGUUCCCUUAGGAGCAUCAUGUACCACCAAAGCAGGAGAGCCCCAGGUCAUCUCUUACUCUGCCUGUUUACGUGCUACGGCAAGAAGAUGUGUUUAAGGUUCCCAUAGCCUUGCGCCGCGAUUCGAUGCUCUGGGAAAAGCAGCCAUAUGGUCUAGACAUAGCAGGUUCCUUUGCAGUUCACACAUUCUGAGUGUGGUACUAUCCACCAAAUGGUACAUGUAUUGUCUCUUUGCUCAAGACAGGGAACUUCUAGGAGCAGAACUGCUCCUUGGAAUCCACUGAUAGACGAGCCCAACGGUUCUCUUGGUAGGUCAGAUGUUUCAUAAUUAGCCUAAUUCACUGAUGAUCUGUUCAGUGGUUAUGACUACAGUGGCAUAAUAUUUCAACUGCAAGGGAAGCGCUCCAGACAGCUCCUAAGAAGAGCAGUCAGGCUGGGAAUGGCCGGCGGGGCUUCCUGUAUUAAGAGGAGAGAACCACUACAUCCUGCUUGGCCAUCCUCCUUGUCUCCCCCAUUAGAUACUGCUCUAAAGACCUAAGGGAGAUGUGCCCAGGACAAGUGUGUGGUUCUUCUUCUCAGUGAGGCUCCAUGGCCCAGCCGAGUAUGAAAGUGAGGCCCGUGCUCCUAAAGCGAAGCAGCCUUGAGUCUGUCGAGCUUGUGAAACAACCACACCACCGCAGGAGCAAAUCGCAGCAAGUGCGAUUCAAGGAAGAUGGGAACAUUAAGAACCCAGCCGGCGAGGUCAACACCCAAACUCCCGAAGACCCAGGCGUAAUGGGGAAGACGCAAGCAUCCAGGCACCAUCACCCCGCCACCUACUCGCUGUCUUUCCCCAGGUCCCACAAAGCGGGAGGCUUCCGCAGCAUCUCUAUCCAGACCUCCCCCAGUCUCAGGAAGCAUUUCCCGGUUUUCAAAAGGAAGAGGCUCACGGCUAGCAAGUCCCUGGUAGAAAUGCCAACAGCAUCCCCAAGUGCCAUCCAGGUCAACGGCAACCUAUCUGAACAAGAUAUCGUGUCCUCUGACCUCGCCUUCCUGAGGCUGGCUCAGCAUCUCGAGGAUGGGCCUCGAAGGAUCAAAAUGCCCCACCCAUUUCUCCCCAGGAUGCCCAAGGUGCAAAGCAACGGGCCUGUUAGCUUCUGCUUAGAAUCUGGGACUUGGAUGUCCACAGAGAAAGCCACGGCUGCCAUUCAGGUUCCUGAUGACAUUUGUCAUAGUCCCACCUGGGAAGCUAGAGAGUCUACUCUCAGCCCAGAAAGCUCGGCGGAAGACAGCAACUCCAUACCUGCUUUGAUCUCCAUGUGUCCGGGGGAUGGGCAAAGAGUGAUGACGUCAGAUCCGGAAAGAGUCCCCCCCUGCUCAAAUAACAACAGUAGUGCCAACAACAUCCAAGGCAUGGAGAAACUCACACCCGAAUUGCUUUUGCCCAAAGCCAACCCUGAUGACAAAGACCUUGGCCUUCCAUCAUCUCAGUCAAAGAAGAUGUGUGUCCCCUCGCCACCACGGACUCACAGUUCACCCGAGCCAGGCCCCCACACCCAGCCAGCCCACCUAGGAAAAGCUUCUGAUUGCCCAGCAUCGAGUGACCAUCACCAGGACCCGGAGUCACUCAGAAGUAGCAGUGCAUUCAAGUCUGUCCCUGUGUGCUGGGAACAUGUGACAAAGCUCCCUCACCAGUCAGACACGCCGGAGCUUCAGACAGCUCUUAGAAGUGAGCGCCUCCCUUCCUCCAUUCCAAGGCAGGAGAACAGAGCCCAGGGCAGCAGGGAGAUAGGUGCCAGUAAUCACAGUCACCUGGCGCAGGGAGAGCUCUGUGACCUCCAAGGCCGGCUGCAAUCAGUAGAGGAAUCGCUACACUCAAACCAAGAGAAAAUUAAAGUCCUAUUGAAUGUGAUUCAAGAUCUGGAGAAAGCUCGAGCUCUCACUGAAGGGCGGAACUUUUAUCGGACUGGCCAGGAUCUUAACAACUGCAGCACCUGUCAGAACACGGCAUGCAUCAUAUACAGUGUGGAGUAUGAUUUCCGGCAGCAGGAAGGCAGGUUCCAUGAGGUUCUCCAGAGCCUGGAGGAGGCAGAACCAGCCGAAGAAGCACCUUCCCCACCCAAAUCCCCGGCAGAAGCCCCGGUCCCUGAGAAACAGGACUUACGGCGGAAAAGCAAGAAGGUGAAGAAGAAAUGCUUCUGGUGGAUAUGAGAAGAUUGGGGCUCCCUCUACUCCUUCCUGAGAUGGGGGAAUCCCCUCAAGGCCUCCCUGAUCCUCUGCAAAAGUGCAGGCUGAGAUCUCCUUGACCUGUGACACAGGAGUGCCUCAGAGCGGGUACACCACUGGACACCUGGUCACCAACCUUACCUGAGUGCGUGCCGCCGCUUGCAGAGGAUUUUAUGGAUACUUGCGUGGUCACUCACAGUCAGGCUUCAUCCUCAUCUGCUAAGUUCAGAUUCCCACCAUAAGCAAACACUCCCCUGCAAUCCCAACCCCUUCCCUGGCGUCGGGCAUUCCCUUCCCACCCUGAGAUCAUCAACCCCAAAGAUACAGAAGUAAGUCUGUGUUGUGUGCUGCAGGAAGUGGAGGGUGGUAAGCAAGUAUCCUAGAAAACAUCACACAGUAAGCUGGCAGGGUUCUAGGAUUUAGUGUACAAAAAAAGCACAACAGAAGUGAGCAGGGCCUAACAGUGUCAGGUCGCCCUGAAGGUAUUAAGUUGUCCUCUUUUUCAACUAGCCCUAAGAUUUCAAGUCAACUGGCUGUCUUCUUGUAAAGUAUGGGGUGUGCUGGGUGUGGCAGAUAAGGUUGCCCACGGGUAUUAGGCACGUGUCGUGUGAUCUAUGUGACUAGAACUCAGGUGACUUUCAUAGCCGUAGUCCUUCUGGGGCCACUUAAUUAUCAUCUGUCUCUGUAUGCCCGGUGUGGGGGGGUAAUAGAGAGGGGCUUUAACUUUAGGGUCAUUAACCUGUUAGCGUUCAUUUACCUGUACCAUUAAGGGUCUUAGGACUCAGCAACUUGUAUGUCAGUAUAUCUUAUCAAGUGACGUUAACAAGGCUUAACCGCAAUAUAGCAUUUUUUCUCAUCCAUGCAACCUUGUGACAACCAUGUAGAUAGGCCCAAACAUGUUACUCUACAGUUACCCUUCCUGGUGACCAGGCUGCGGUCACCUGAUCUAGGAAGAAGCAGGCUGAAAAUGAGGAUGGAAGGUCGUUCUUCCACACAGUUUGAGCUCCUUAAGAUCUAGCUCAUUCUAUUGACAAGACCUUUGCUCAUGGAUGUCCGGUCCAGCUUGCGUGCCAAGCAAACUCCUAAAGCAGUGUAAUUCAGUAAUUGCUACAUACUCGGGCUGAAUAGGAGGCAAGGCUUGGAUACCUUUGCAUAAAGUUCAAUGCUCUGACAGCCUGUGAUUGGACUGACACUGCCAGAAAUGUGAGCCACACCUAAACGCAGAAAGCAUUUUACAACCGCCCCCUUGCCAAAGACCUGGUGUCUGAGUCGAGUCUCUGCUGUGCACGUGGGAUGUGCGUACCCCACUGCCGACCGAGAUUAAUUGAGCAAGCCACCCCAACAAUUUCGCUUCCCCUGUCACAGUGCUGCGGUGCAAAAGCUAUUUCGGGGAGAGUGAGGGAAAUUUGGCAAGGAAUCUGGGCCUGCACUAUUUAAGUCUUGCGAUGUCAUUUGAGAUGUUCUCUCUCUCUGUUUCUAGUGUAAUGUUUAAACCCACAAAGUGAGACCAGAAUCUCUAAUGUCAAGUUAGAAUUAAGAUAAAUAUACUUGUCAUGCUUAAGAAACCACACUUCAAUUAGAUACGUGUUACCACUGGCCAAACGCCACAGCUCUUUCUUUCUGUAUCCACACACUCAGCUCUCGGUUGGCCCCCGGCAAUGGAAAAAAACAGUACAGAGGGCAAUCCAAUACAGCAAACUCAUUUGGGAUCUCUUACAUAAUUUUAUCUUGUAGCAGUGCUUCCAUUUUUAUUUGUUUUGCUUACACUAAUUUCGAGUGAAUUCAUAUUCCAGACUAUCAGGAUGGGACAAGAAUAUCCUUGCACUUAGAUUUCGGAGACCCAGGAAAUAGAAAAGCCUAUCCCACUAACCUGGAGAAAAUUGUGUAACUGUGUCCUUUCUUGACUGGGUAGAAGAAUGACUACACCCCCUGAUUUCUAAGCUCUGUAUACCUCCUAACAGCUAUGAGAGCUAACUGCAGCCUCUGUACUGGUUUAGCCUGGAGAAGUGAGGAGGAAUCUGGGGUAGCUCUUAUCGGCACAGGUGCACGAUGAGUUAGGGACCUUGCAUCAACUCUGAACUGAGUGAGAUGAGAGUAGGACUGAAAAAGGUUGACACUCCCGGAAAGAAAGUCAACCAAGGUCAUGUGAUUUUUAUACCAAAGCACAACACCACAUCACCUUGCUUAGGCCACACCAAUCUACACCUGGAGAGAAGGCUCCUUCUGGUAAUUAAAUCCUCAACAUCGAUCAGUAUGAGGGGAAAGGAUUGAUAAACACCAGCCUGCUGAACAGAAAGGGUGAUCACUACAUCAAAUAAAAACCAUAACUCAUAUAUACCAAAAUUCUAUACUCUGCUACUCCUGUUGAGUAGCGACGCUUCUUUGUAAAAUAGUAUGUAAUAUGAUAUUCUACAGAAAUGUUAUACUUGAGGUGAUAUGGUUUAAUGGAAAGAGAUUAAUUUAGCAAAAAUUACCUUUAUGAAACGGAAGGAGAAAGGACUGAUUGGCCUGUUUAACUUGCAGGGGUUUAAUGUAGCUGCUCCCUCUGUACGUAAAACACUCGGUUAUCGUCCCUGGAACUUAAUGCCAGCUCAUCUGUAGGGCGCCUUCUCGAAGACAAUGUAUCACUGUAAGGUUUUGUAAAUUUCUAAACUGUUUUAAAUGGGAUAUUAUCUUUUGCAAUAAACUUAAGUAUUUUUCCUA